AUGCAAGAGCUGUAUAAAAGCAGGUUCUCCUCCUCACUCUCACAUUCACUCCUCUCACCUCCAUCUCCUUGGAACAAGCCCCAAGACAUGUCCUGCUACAGCCCGUGCCGGCCCUGCCAGCCCUGCGGCCCCACCCCGCUGGCCAACAGCUGCAAUGAGCCCUGUGUCAGGCAGUGCCAGGACUCCCAUGUGGCCAUCCAGCCCUCGCCCGUGCUGGUGACCCUGCCCGGCCCCAUCCUCAGCUCCUUCCCUCAGAACACCGCCGUGGGAUCCUCCACCUCUGCUGCUGUUGGCAGCAUCCUCAGCUCUCAGGGAGUGCCCAUCAACUCUGGGGGCUUUGGCCUCUCUGGCUUGGGCAGUGGCCUCUGUGGCACGAGGUGCCUCCCCUGCUAA